AUGCCUGAUAAAAAGAAAUUUAUUCGAUUGAAAGGGAAAAAACGAAAGUUUCACGGCAACCGUCAUGUCAAAGUCGAAAUAUUACCUGAUUCUGAAGCUUCUAAACAGGAGAAUAUUGCUGAAACAAGUACGUCAAAUUUGACUGCUGCUUCAGAUGAAGUUACAUCAUCGAGCGCUUCAGAAUUUAGGUCAUUGCCUGCCUCAAAAAGGAAACUUGACUGUGAUUCAUCAAGUGAGGAUGAAGAAGAAUGUACUGAUGGAUUUCGACUAAUAGAUAUAUCGAUUUUGAUGUCUAUUUUCAACACCUUUUUGUGCCCUAAAUGUAAGUCGGGUCACAUUGUUAUGAAGGAAGACAUAACUGCAAAGAUGGGACUUGUGUCACAACUUUCGCUGGAAUGUUCUGCCGAAAAGUGUUCAUAUUCUAUGAGCUUUUAUACAUCAAGUCGGGUGAAUAAUAAGUCUAAAGCCUUUGAAGCAAAUAGAAGGGCAGUGUUGGCAAUGAGAAACAUUGGAGUUGGUCACCAAGGGCUUGUGAAGUUUUGUGGUACAAUGAACAUGUUGGCACCUAUGAAUGCAAAUUCAUACACCGACCAUGUGACAGCUAUUCAUGGAGCUGCUGAAGUUGUUGCCAAAGCAAGCAUGAAAAGUGCAGCUGAGGAAACAAAGGAGUUUUAUGAACCAGAAGAAGAUGGGGUGUAUGAUGUUGGUAUUUCUGCGGACGGGACCUGGAGACGAAGAGGAUAUUCAUCUUCCUACGGAGUCGUUACUGGUAUGUCGUUGGUUACCGGUAAAGUGCUAGACAUUGAAAUCAUGUCAAAAGAAUGCAGGGAGUGUAUUACAUGGAGCAGCAAGAAAGGUUCAGAGGAAUUUGAACAUUGGUGGGAAGGCCAUCAACACAAUUGCCAUGCAAAUUUUGAAGGCUCAUCGGGUGCAAUGGAUGCUGCUGGCUGUGUGAGAAUUUUUCAACGAUCAGUUGAACAACAUUCAUUACGGUAUGUGGAGUUUCUUGGUGAUGGAGAUAGUAAAGCUUACAAUGAAAUUACAGAAGCUUCAGUUUAUGGGGAGAAACCAGUUACCAAACUUGAAUGUGUUGACCAUGUGCAGAAGAGAAUGGGGUCGAGACUUCGUUCCCUAAAGAAACGUUUGGGAAAGACUCAUCUAAGCGAUGGCAAAGGUAUUGGUGGCAAGGGUCGGCUAACUGACAAGGUUAUUGACAAUUUACAAGUGUAUUAUGGUAAAGCAAUCAGAAACAAUACACACAGCAUUGAAGAUAUGGAGAAUGCUGUUUUGGCAAUAUUUCACCAUACCAGAUCUACUGACGCAAAUCCAGACCACAACCUUUGUCCUAAAGGAGAAACUAGUUGGUGCGGAUAUCAGAGAGAUUUGGCCAAGAACACAAAUGAAUACUCGCACAGUCAUCCUCUACCAGAAGCAGUGUCAGAUUCAAUAUUGCCAGUAUUUACAGAUUUGAGCAAGAGUCAGCUACUGUCUUCCUGUCUCCAUGGUGGUACUCAGAAUCAAAACGAAGCCUUCAAUGCUUUGAUUUGGCAGCGUGCCACCAAGGAGACACACUCAAGCCUGCCAACUGUAGAACUGGCAACUUUUCUAGCUGUUGGUAUUUUCAACAAUGGAGCUAAAGCCAUCCUAGAUGUAUUGGAAAACCUAGGGAUCAAACCGGGGUGUCAGACAAAGAAGUGUCUCAAGAAAAUAGACUAUGACCGUCUCCGCCAUUCCACACGAAAGAGCUCUGACAAGCAAAAAAAUAAAAGAAAAAAGAUAAGACAGAGAAAAAAAGGCUAUAUUGACAACCUGUCAGAAAAGGAAGGUACCAAAUAUGAAGCUGGGGCAUUUUGA